AUGGAGGCAUUGGUGACUUUAGAAGGACAUACGAGCGAGGUUAAAUGCGUUGCUUGGUCCCCUUCUGGUAAUCUUUUAGCCACCUGUGGUCGAGAUAAAAGUGUAUGGCUGUGGGAAUUUGAUGAUGAAGAAGACGUGCAGUGUGUUAGUGUGCUACAACCCCAUUCUCAAGAUGUAAAAUCAGUAGCGUGGCAUCCGCAUGGUGAGGUUUUAGUCUCUACAAGUUACGAUAACAAAAUAAAUGUUUACAGAGAAGAAAUUGAUGAUUGGACUGUUUUUGUACAGUUGACUGGACACAGUUCAACUGUAUGGAAAGCAGAGUUUUCACCGUCAGGAGAUAUUCUAGCGAGUUGUAGUGAUGAUCGAUGUGUCAAACUUUGGUCGUGGGAUGGUGUUUGUAGCAAAUCAUCCUCAUGGAUAUGUAUUGCUACAGUGACUGGAUACCAUACACGUACAAUUUUCGACUUAAACUGGUCACCUGAUGGACAACUUCUGGCUAGUUGUGGUGCUGAUAAUAGAUUAUGUAUAUAUAAAAUGCCACUGAAUGGUUUGACUUAUAAUGCUGGUAAACCAUGCUUAUCAGAACCACCUGUUCUUUGGGGUCAUGUUCCAAAUGCACAUUCAGAAGAUGUAAACUGUGUGCGCUGGCAACCUCAUUAUCAUACUGCUGAUAAUCACCAUAAGGAAGAAGAUGUAUUAGACUCUCAUCUAAUGCUUACAACAGCUUCUGAUGAUGGAUGUAUUAAGUUUUGGUCUAUUAAACACGAGAUGUAA